AUUGAUCCUAAUCAUUGAAAAAAGUUAAUAAAAAUGGCAAAUAAUUCAUUUCAUGAUAUAAACAACAGUAACCCUAUAAAUAAACAAUUGUUCAUGGAUAAGAAAAAUACUGAAGUUGAAAAACCCAUAAAUACAAAAUUGAUUAUUAUUAAAGACGAAAUGUUAGAAGACAGUGACACCGUUAAAAUCCAAGAUGGACGAGUGAAAAAUGAAAUAAUUGACCUAGAAGAUAACAAUAGUGUUACCAUGAAUGGAAUACUAUCCAGCAACAGUGCUAUGGUAGAUGGAAGUAUUAAACUCGAAGACGACAGCAAUAGUAGUAGUGUUGCAAUGGAAAAAAUACUAUCGAAUAGUAGUGAAAAAGACCCAGAAUUAAUUAUUAAAGAUGAAAGUGUUUUAGAACCACCGUUACAGGUACAUACCGGUGAAAGAAUAUAUGUGUGUUAUUUUUGUAAUCAAACAUUUAAUCAGCAAAUGAGCUUAAUUAAACAUAAAUUGAUUGAGCAUGGAGAAGAACCAUCGAUUUGUGAUAUUUGUAAUAAAACAUUUACAAAUCGAAGUCAUCUAAAUCGACAUAAAAAACUUCACAUUGAACCAAAAACAUUUAUUUGUAAUAUUUGUAACAAAGAAUUUAGUGAUAGACCUAGUUUAGUUACCCAUAAACGGACUCAUCCCGAAGGUGAAAAACCAUUUUUAUGUGACAUUUGUAGUAAAGCAUUUAGCCAUAAAUCCAGUUUAGUUGAACAUAAACGAAUUCACAGAGAAAAACCAUUUUCAUGUAAUAUUUGUAAUAAAGUAAUUUCGAAUCGAAAUAGUUUAAUUCGACAUAAACGAAUGCAUACCGGGGAAAAACCAUUUUUAUGUGAUGUUUGUAGUAAAGCAUUUACCGAUCGAAAUGAUUUAGUUAGACAUACUAGAAUUCAUACGGGAGAAAAACCAUAUUCUUGUAAUAUAUGUAAUAAAGCAUUUAGUGAUUCAUCCAGAUUAGGUAAACAUAAAUGGGUUCAUACGGGAGAAAAACCAUUUUCUUGUGAUAUAUGUCACAAAGCAUUUAAAAAAAAUGGUAAUUUAACGACUCAUAAACGUCUUCAUAGUGAAGAAGGUCAUGAAAAACCAUUUUCUUGUCAUGUUUGUAAUAAAGCAUUUAAAAAAAAUAGUGACUUAGUUACACAUCAACGUAUUCAUACUGGAGAGAAACCGUUUUCUUGUGAUGUUUGUAACAAGUCAUUUAAUCGGCGAAGCAAUUUAGUUAGGCAUAAACAGAUGCAUACCCAAGAAAAAUCAUUAUUUUUAAUGCCACGUUCAGAUUGAUGCGAAUUACGUGACGAGAAACCAUUUUCUUGUCACGUUUGUAAUAAAGCAUUUAAAAAAAGUAGUGGUUUAAUUACACAUAUACGUAUCCAUACUGGAGAAAAACCAUUUUCUUGUAAUGUUUGUAAUAAAACAUUUAAUCGCCGAAGCAAUUU